CUUCCUACCCUCAUCCCUUUAAUUUAAUUACAGAUUGUACCACCCACAGAUUCGCCAUAGAGAAAAAGCAACGUAGAGACCAAGCUUUGCCCGGAUCUCUGGGGUGCGUGGAAGACGUUGAGGAGAAGAUGACGUCGAGGCGGCGAUGCGUGCUCUUCCCGUGGUUAAUUGAUCCCUUGCAGCCAUUCAAAGUCGGACCCUAGCCCUAUCCAUUGCUCCCGAUCAAUCGCACAUUUAACCUCGCGAAUCAGGUGGAAUUAGUGUUGGCGUUGGAAGUAUUUUUAAGUAGAUCGUGAUCUUGUCGUGGUUAUUAGGGAUGGUUGAUACUCCGAAGAUACUGUACAUCGUGGUGGUGGACGAGGAUGAGAAAAGAGGGGACGAGAGGGAUGAAGGUACCUUCAGGUAUACGCGGCCGGUGCUGCAAAGUACGUUGCAGCUCAUGGGAUGCAAGGCACGGCACGCGUUCAAGAUUAGUCGAAGGGUAUUUGAUGUGAUGAGAAGUGAAUGCAAAAAAGGUGGCUUUACUCAUGAUGGGGCUAAUUUACCAUUCUCAGAUAUUUCAGCUGCAAGAUCUGGGAAAGUGAAUAAUCAUGAACUGCUAAGCCGGAAUAUUAUAAAUGAAAACAUCGAGAGAAGUUCAAUACAGUUUGAACUAUAUAAAAGGCAAACAACUGUCAUAGUUACUAGAGAAAAGUUCUUGAGUGUUGUUUGUGAUGCACUUUCUGUUUAUAAGUAUGUAGGCCCUAAUCAAAGGACUGACUUUCUCUUGGCAUGCAGAGUUCGAGAAAGAAAGGAAUCAGUUACAAUUCUUUUGUGUGGAACAAGUGGGUGUGGGAAGUCUACCCUAUCGGCCUUACUGGGAAGCAGGUUGGGCGUUACAACUGUGAUUUCAACUGAUUCAAUUCGUCACAUGAUGAGAAGCUUUGUAGAUGAAAAAGAAAAUCCACUUCUGUGGUCCUCUACAUAUCAUGCCGGUGAAUACUUGGAUCCCGUAGCAGUUGCAGAAGCAAAGGCUAAAAGGAAAGCAAAAAGAUUAGCUGGUGUUUCCAACUCUCUUGUUAAGGAAGGGCUGCCCAAUAAUGCUUCAUUUGAUAAGUGUGAGAUGCAAUCGCUGGCCGGAGGUUUAGGGUUCGAGGUAAUUGGCAAAAAGCAAUUGGCAGUUGAGGGAUUCAAGGCACAGAGCGAGAUGGUCAUCGACAGUCUUGAUCGUUUGAUUACAGCUUGGGAAAAUCGGAAGCAAUCUGUUAUUGUUGAAGGUGUUCACUUAAGCCUCAAUUUUGUGAUGGGACUAAUGAAAAAGCAUUCUUCAAUUAUACCAUUCAUGAUUUAUAUCACGAAUGAGGACAAACAUAUGGAAAGGUUUGCUGUGCGUGCCAAAUAUAUGACAUUGGACCCUGAAAAAAAUAAGUACGUCAAAUAUAUUCGGAACAUAAGAAGGAUUCAGGACUAUCUCUGCAACCGGGCUGACAAACAUCUGGUGCCCAAGAUAAAUAACACAAAUGUUGAUCGUAGUGUGGCUGCAAUUCAUGCCACAGUUUUUAGCUGCCUGAGGAGGCGAGAAGCAGGAGACCAGCUCUAUGAUCCAAUCACGAAUACAGCACCCAUAGUUAAUGAAGAGUAUAGAAACCAAUGUGCUGCAAACUCACUGAGUUCAAAACGAAUGUUUCAAUUGAUACAGAGGUUAGGAUCUUCUAGGCAUCUCAUGGCACUUGUUAAUACCGAUGGGUCUGUUGCUAAGGCUUGGCCAGUGGAGUCCGUUAAUGUUAAAACAAUUCCUGGAUCAAACAGUGGAAGUGAGAGCUGUGUAGGAAGCCCAUUGUAUGGUCCCUUGAAAAUUGGCAAGGCAGAGCCCAUUAAUCUUCAGUUUGGCAAUUAUGGAAUCAGUGCUUGGCCCAAUGAUACUGGUGCUGCAAGUUAUGCUGGAAGCAUGGAUGAUUCGAGGGUUGAUGGCACCGACUCUGGUAGUCGAUGCUUUUCUUCUUCUCCUAGCUCUCCUAGGGUUUCAGUAGGAGCUUCAAAAGAGCCUAUGGAAGAAGACUCUGUAUCUGGAAGUGAUGAUGAAGCUAUUGAACCCCCCAUUGCCGACAGUGAAGAUGAUCAAAGUGACUCAGAAGUAGAAAUACCUGAGGAGUUUUUUGCCCUUCAGAUGGAGGGUUCUGUAGAUGAGGAAUCAACUAAAUCAGAUGAGGAGUACGACGACUUAGCCAUGAAGGAUGGAUAUUCAUCUGAUGACGAUGAGGAACCCAGAACUGCACUGAUUGAAACUACUUCAGGAAAGAACAUGGAAAAUAAUGAAACCCUUAACAAGUUUAGGCGCUGCUAUUCUCAUUCAGAUAGAAAUCAUAGAAGCAAGGAUGAAAGAAUCAGGAAUCGCUCACAAAGUGAUAUCAAAAGGAUUCGCAGUAGAUCACACAGCAUUCCUGCAUCAUUCUUUGGCAUUUCUCAGGUCCACAGCAGAGAUAUUGCAGGCCAAGUUAGUACAGUUCACCUUUAAAUUACUAAUGUCAAUAUCAUAAGAGUUUUGAAGCUCAUCCUGCUACGUUUUCAACACACUUUUUAUAGUAUUUGUGGUUGUGUGGCUUUUCUACUUAGAGAGUUUGACAAAUUAAGAGGUGCAGAUUGAGAUUACUUGUAGCUUGAGUAGAUGAAAAGGAAUAUGUUUUGAAUCCUACUAAAGAUGCCGUUAUGAAGCCAGUUGGAAGGUUUUUUGGAUCACAUCUUUUUUAUAUUCUAUCUUUUGUUUGAGAUAAUGUUGUAAAAUAUAUUAAAUUAAGGGAUGUAUUGAGCAUUUCUUUUCGGAUCACUUUUGAUUUGAGAUCUGGACCACAAAUGGUGAUUCUUUCAUUGCUCCAAUAUUCAGACUGCAAAUUUGUGUUUCUUGCUAA